AUGGCGGAACCUACCAGCCAAACUACAAUUAUACCCCACAAUCAGCAGCCGUAUGUUACCCGGCAAUAUCCCUCGCCUGCCGAGCUCGACGCAACCAUCGAGCGUGCUGCUGUGGCUCAGAAUGCAUGGGCUCAGCGACCGCUCGCAGACCGUAUUGCUGUUGGUCGCGCGUUUGUUGUAAGUUGGUUGCAGAUACUAGCUUUAAUGAAGAUCGCAGCGGGAGAUAACUUCGCGCUUGAGCUUACUAUGCAGAUGGGCCGGCCUAUUUCUCAGGCUGCUGGCGAAGUUCGAGGCUUCCUCCAGCGUGCCGAGUACAUGCUUUCUAUUGCAGAGUCUUCCCUAGCGGACGUUCCUCUCACAGACACCGACGCUCCUGGUUUCCGGCGCUUCAUUCGCCGUACGCCGCUCGGUGUCGUGUUUGUCAUUUCUCCUUGGAACUACCCUUACCUCGUGACGAUCAACUCAGUCCUGCCCGCGCUCAUUGCGGGCAACGCCGUCCUCCUCAAGCCGUCUCCGCAGACCCCGCUUACCGCUGAACGCUUUGCCGACGCGCUGAAGGCUGCCGGGCUUCCCGAUGGGCUUAUGCAAGUGCUCCAUCUCUCGCCAUCGCUGUCAACGCGUGUUAUCCAGCACUCCAAGGUCGAGUUUGUGAGCUUCACAGGGAGCGUAGCUGGCGGUAGGGCGGUCGAGCGUGCUGCGGUUGAAGCGGAGGGGUUCAAGGGCGUUGCGCUCGAGUUGGGUGGAAAGGACCCGGCGUACGUCCGACCGGACGCCGACAUCGCAUAUACAGUCGCAGAGCUCGUUGACGGCGCAAUGUUCAACUCGGGGCAAAGCUGUUGUUCUAUCGAGCGCAUAUAUGUACACGAAUCCGUAUACGAUCACUUCGUUGAGCGCUUUGUCGACCUCACCAAGAAAUACAAGCUGGGUGAUCCAACAGCCAAGGAGACCAACCUUGGUCCCGUAGUAAGCGUCGCUAGCGCAGAUCGCAUUCGUGCACAAGUUCAGGCAGCUGUCAAGGCUGGCGCAAAGACGCAUAUACCAGGGGAGCUGUUCCCUGAGGCAAAGCCAGGAACCGCGUUCGUCGCACCCCAAGUUCUGACGGAUGUCAACCAUAAAAUGGAGAUCAUGACCGAAGAGACCUUUGGCCCAGUGAUCGGGAUACAACGUGUUUCUUCGGACGAAGAGGCCAUCGCGCUGAUGAACGACUCGCCGUACGGGUUAACUGCAUCCGUGUGGACCGACGCGGCGAACAACAAGGAGAGCGAAAAGGCGUUCUUGAACCUUGUAGAUAAGAUCGAGACGGGAACGGUGUUCUUGAACCGGUGCGAUGUGCUCGAUCCGGCACUGGCCUGGACGGGGGUGAAGAACAGUGGGCGGGGUGUUAGUUUAAGCAAGUUUGGGUAUGACCAGCUGACAAGAGCCAAGUCGGUGCAUAUGAAAAUCAAGACGGCAUAG